AUUCAGCUUUUCCUAAUUUAUUUUUCCCCUCCUCCUAUGUGUACUUGACACAUUGACAAACACCUUUCUAAUUUUUUAACACAAAAAUAUAAAAUUUUAACACAAAAUAUAAAAUUAAAAAAAUAAGAUCAUCCACAAACAAAAGGCUACAAAAAAAUUCUCUCGUUCUCUCUCUUUGGACAUUGAGAACAACAAUCUCAGAUCCAAUCAAAUUGUUACUUAUUACACUCUUUGUCUUCACAGAUCCAAUCGGAACUAAAAAAAACAUGUCGACUUUUAGCGGCGAUGAAACUGCUCCCUUCUUUGGCUUCCUUGGCGCUGCUGCCGCCUUAGUUUUCUCUUGUAUGGGAGCAGCCUAUGGUACAGCGAAGAGUGGGGUAGGAGUGGCGUCAAUGGGUGUGAUGAGGCCAGAGUUGGUGAUGAAGUCAAUUGUGCCAGUUGUCAUGGCUGGAGUUUUGGGUAUUUACGGUUUGAUUAUAGCUGUGAUUAUUAGUACAGGGAUUAACCCCAAAACCAAGUCUUACUAUCUUUUUGAUGGAUAUGCUCACCUUUCCUCCGGUCUUGCUUGUGGUCUUGCUGGCCUCUCUGCUGGUAUGGCCAUUGGAAUCGUUGGUGACGCUGGUGUUAGAGCCAACGCGCAACAGCCAAAGCUUUUCGUCGGGAUGAUUUUGAUUCUUAUUUUUGCUGAAGCCCUGGCUUUAUAUGGCCUUAUUGUCGGUAUCAUCCUCUCUUCUCGUGCUGGUCAGUCUAGAGCAGAGUAGAAGAAGAGCAUGCUUCACACCUUUACUGUGAAUUACUCAUAUUCUUGAUGGAUUAUUACAUUUUCUUUCAUUCUUCACUUCCACUAUUCUGUACUUGAUUGUUUUUGGCUAGAAGAAUUGGUUCAUGUGUGCUGUUCUUCUGUUGAUUAUAUCUCUAAAUAAAGAUGUCAGUUAAUCUGAUGCCCGAUUUUCAAGGACUACGGGCUUUUGUAAAAUGCCCGGUGUACAUUUUAUCUCGACUUCAAUUCAAAUAUUAAUUUACUUCAA